AUGGCUGGUCCUGCCACCACGUCGACCCAGCCCCAGAACCCAUGUCUGAUUUGCUUUAUUGCUGCUUCUGGCCCCGCCCACACCCCCACAGCCGCGCACACACUGCCUCUGCUAUGGCGAGGCAGACACGCUGGAAGCGGAGGGGCCAGUGAAGAGGAAGGCCUGGGAGGAUUCUGGCCUGAAGGUUGCCUCAGCUGGAUGGUGGCCACAACUGCCUGGGCUUCUGUGCUGCUGGGCGCACCACUGGGGGGAGAGUUACGAAACGAACACUGGCUGUUAGUCCCGGUGGUGUUUGGGGUCUCCUUAGGAGUUAUGUAA